AUGAAAUGGGAGAAGUUAAAGCCUCCAGAGCCAGAUGAUCCUAUGUGUUGCUGUGAGUGUGAUAUAUAUCCGUGCGGAUGCUGCUGUGACUGUGAAGAUCUGGACGAGGCCUUUAACAGGUGGCUGAAAGGCAAACCAUCUAAAAGUGGAUGUCAGUCUCCUGUUCUUGGGGCCAUGAUUGACAACCUGGAGAUCUCCAUGAUUCCAGCCCUGGUGCUGCUGCCUCUUCUGCUUCGGAUUGCAGCGCUGCACUACCUGCUGGGUGUCAUCAUACUGACAGCUUUGCCUGGGCUGGUCCUCUGGUACUACUACGCCACACACCGCAAAAGGAGACGCACCCUCUUCUUCCUCACUCUCGCACUGUACUCUCUGGCCUACAUGUAUUACCUCUUCAUCACAGAGAUUGUACCACGUGGGGAUGUCAGUCAGCUGCAGGUGUGUAUGGUGACCACUGGGAUGAUUCUCACUAUCAUUUCCCUGAUUCUCACCAAGAGAGGCCCAGGAUUUGUGACCACUUCCGUACAUGAAGCACACAGCCAGACUACCAUGGACUCUAUCCAACCAGCAGCCUCCUCUGCAGGGACUGCAGCAGAGUUGCAGACAACAAAAGAGGCCCUGAAACCAAAAUGGAGCAGGUGUCCUGUGUGCAAAAUAAUACGACCCCCGCGGGCCGGACACUGUCGAACCUGUGGAUCAUGUGUCCAGCGUCUAGAUCACCACUGUAUCUGGAUAAACAGCUGCGUUGGACAGGCAAACCAUCGCACUUUGUUCGUGUUGACCUCGCUGUAUGGGAUCAGUCUGGUGAUGUGCAGCCUCUGUCCUCAACAGUAUCUAAUGAUGGCUCUCUUCUACUGCCCUGGUGUCUACAGUCAGUCAAGCACGGCACUUAGUUUCACCUGCGCUUGGUACAGCAGCAUUGUCACAGGUGGAUUACUUUAUCUGUUGGUAGUACAAGUUCUGAAUAUCAGCUUCAAUGUGACGGAGCGGGAGGCUCAGCUGGCUCUGAGGAACAAAACGGGCCAGAGCCGCCUGUGGGGACUCGUCACUGACACGGGGGAGUAUUCACGUGGCUUCUAUCAGAACUGGGUUGAGUUCUUCACCAUGGCAGAUGCCUUGGCUUCUCCUCGCUCCAGCCUCACUGACUUGGUCUAGUUUUACAAGACUUUCUAGUAACAUCAUGAACACACUGUUAAUACUGAACAUGUGAGGAAUUCCAUCUCAUGUUUUUCACAGGAUGUAUCAGCUGAUGACUGCCAAUUGCAUUCCAGCUGCAGGAAUAAAGCUACAGGCACUGCCAUGUCAAUGUACAUGUUUUCUCUACCUGCAGAAAGUGAACGUCACUUAUGUUGUCUGACUGAAUUCAAAAUAUUUUGCAUUGCAUAUCUUAGUUAGCAAUGAAAUAAAAAUAUAAAUUUAGCAAUAAAUGAGGGUUAGCUUUGCGGGGUUUAAGUAAAAGAAGUAAACGAAAUUAUUUGCUAUUCUUGGCUACAAAAGUGGUGUACAAAUCUAAAUCAAGGCCAUAGGGUGGCGCCAGAGGAAAGGCCACACUCUGAGCACAAUAAAAAGUGUUCAUCCUCUGCAGCCUGACCACUACAGGAUCUUUCAAACUGAGCUUGUCAGGUUCAGCUGUAACUUUGCUGUGCUAUGAACUAAGGGCAGGUAGCAUGUUAGCAUGUGUGUGGCAUGUGACAUUUAGUAUUUUAACGUGCUAAUAUGUGGAGUAUGUGAGCAUGCUAACAUGAGGCUGCAGGUGCUGCAAUUUCAU